UUUUGAAUUUGACAGAUAACAUGAAUAACGGGACAGUAACAAAUGGUAGUAAACAGCGAAUUUCAUUUUUUAUUUUUUGUUUAUUGUGAUUUCCCAAGUUCUUAUAAAAGAUGAGUGAAAUAGUAUCAGGUGCUUCAACAUCAUCAAUAAUCUCUGAAGAUCAAGAAGAUGAAGGACAAUGUGGACCCAUGCCAAUUUCUAAAUUAGAGGUAACUGGCAUAACUGCAGGAGAUGUUAAAAAACUGAAUGAUGCUGGAUUUUACACUGUCGAAUCUGUUGCAUAUGUGACAAAAAAACAGUUGGUAGCUAUCAAUGGAAUAUCUGAGGCAAAGGCUGAGAAGAUCAUCGCAGCAGCAACAAAAUUGAUUCCCAUGGGCUUCACCACUGCAACAGAUGUUUUAAAAAAACGCUCUGAAAUGAUACAAUUGACAACUGGCUCAAAUGAAUUAGAUAGACUUUUAGGUGGAGGCAUUGAAACUGGUUCAAUCACAGAAGUCUUUGGAGAAUUUCGAACAGGAAAGACACAAUUGUGUCAUACAUUAGCUGUUACAUGCCAGUUGCCUAUCACUUUUAAUGGUGGUGAAGGUAAAUGCAUUUAUGUAGACACUGAAGGCACUUUCAGACCAGAAAGACUGGUAGCAGUAGCACAAAGAUACAAAUUGUCAGAACAAGAAGUUUUGGAUAAUGUAGCACAUGCAAGAGCUUACAACACUGAACAUCAAACACAACUGUUAAUACAAGCAUGUGCUAUAAUGUCUGAAUCUAGAUAUGCCCUAUUAAUUGUUGACAGUGCCACAGCUCUUUAUAGAACAGAUUAUUCAGGAAGAGCAGAAUUAUCUGCUAGACAAAUGCAUUUGGCCAGGUUUUUGAGGAUGUUGCUAAGAUUAGCUGAUGAGUAUGGCGUUGCUGUGUUAAUAACAAAUCAAAUGGUUGCUCAAGUUGAUGGAGCAGCAAUGUUCAAUGCUGACCCAAAGAAACCAAUUGGUGGUAAUAUAUUGGCACACGCGAGCACAACUCGAUUAUAUUUGAGGAAAGGACGAGGUGAAACGAGGGUGUGCAAAAUAUACGAUUCUCCUUGUCUUCCAGAAAGUGAGGCGAUCUUUGCCAUUAAUGCUGAUGGCAUUGGUGAUGCUAAAGAAUAGUUUAAAACUUAAGAUAUUGUAAUAAUUAUUGUAAU